AGCCAACUUUCAAGAUGGCGACUUCCAUUGAGAUACCUCUGAGAGAUACAGAGGACGAGGUAUAGUAGAAUUUACUUGCUCUUUCAAUAAAAUCAUGGAAUCUUCUUAUUCUGAGAGUACUUUUUUCUGUUAAGGUUAUAGAGCUCCAGUUUGACCAGCUACCCGAAGGAGAUGAGGUUCUAAACAUUCUACGACAAGAAAGUGCGCAACUUCAAAUAUGGAUCACGCUUGCGGUAUAUGAACAUAUUUUGUCCGAUGUUCACUGUCAAUGGUGUUCAGAUUUGAGCUUAAAAUUGUAGCGUACCAGUCUAACUUUAAUAGGAUUUGCUUGUUGACAAAGAGGAUGCAAAAUUCAUUAAGUUUCCAGUCGUUCCUUUGAUGGCCUGGCCGUGAUCAUGCUUGCUAUCAGUCAAAUCGGUUUACGGUCAAUUCGUUCCUUUACCAUCAAAUCAGAUCCACCAAAUCACGAGAACAGUUGCUUUGGCUCGUAAGGAAUUCAAAGAAUGAAACUAUCUGACUGUGUGUUUCUCAGUCAUUUGAACUUUUUAAAGGUAGCUGUCGUCUUGAACUCAUGUGGAAGUUCUUGUUUUGACUUUGUCAGCUUGCCUCUCUGAAGUCUGCAAUAAUGAGUUUGCCUCUACUAAACAGAUCCAUCAUCGAAUUAGUCUUGCUACUACAAUGCAGAUAUUCCCUAAGUUUCAUGUACAUGAUGAACAUGUAAAGUAUAUGUCAGGCAUAUUCUAUACAUGCCAACUCCAUAGGAAUACUACUUCAGUAUUGAAUUUUUAAUAAUUCUGUAGGUAAGCUAAAACAAAGUAAGUAAAGACACUAUACUGUAGUUAGAGAUCUGGAUGACAAAUCCCUAUUCAGUAUGCUGUCCAUUAUUUAGGAUGCAUGUCGGCUGCAAAGUGGGUAUUAUUUAUCCACUGGAAAAAUUCAGGGUUUUUAAUAGCUCUUAAGCAGGCUAAAUCGGGUGGCAGCUCUAGACAACAGGAAGGUGUUUGACUGCAAAUGGACAUCUGUUCACUACCUCCAAAAGGCUCUCCUGUAUUAUGAUAGUGAUUAACAUUUGUUCCUCUUACAGCUCCAGUAUUACAAACAAGGGAAAUCUGAUGAUUUUGUCAAAAUUCUUGAAGCUGCAAGAACAGGCAAGUCAGAUACCUUCAUUGUAUCAGCUACAUGUAUGCAAUUUUCUUUGUAUGAUGCCUACUGCACUAUAAUGUUCCUAGAAACAACUGCAGUGUUCCAGUCCUCUUCUUUUUCUAAAAUGGUGAAUGUAGGACAUUAUCAACAUUUUCAUUGUUUUUAUCAUAACUAUUAGAUAUUGAUGACACCAAUAACAUGUACGACAGCAAUAAUAAUGUUGUUGUUGUACAUGUAAUAGGCGUCAUUUAUAAUUUUUUCAUCAUCAUUGUCAAUUUAUCAUUUUAAUCAUUAUAAUCAUGAUCAUAAUGAUUCUCUUCAAGGCAAGUCUGAAAUUACAUUUAUUAUAUGGAGGAGAGUGUUUUACUGGGAACUAAACCACUCGUAGAUUCCAUAUGCCACUUCAUCCGGGACCCGAGUGGCGUAUUUUCCGUAUGUCACCUUUGUGAGUGUCGUAUCGUUCAAUGACGUCACGAUUCCCGCCUUUUGCUUUUGUUGAAUUGGUUUCUCCAUAUAAUAAAAAGAACAUUACACGUUGGCUCGAAGAUAUGAAUUUUAUGUUCUCGUGGCAAGAACAAUAUCUCACUCGUUCGCUUCGCUCACUCGUGAGAUAUUGUUCUUGCCACUCGAACAUAAAAUUCAUAUCUUCUCGCCACCGUGUAAUAUCCUCUAUAUAUGGGUCACAUUCCACUGGUUAGAGUACCAGUCACCAUGCUUAAGAUACUAAAUAUGAAUAAGCAGGCCCCUUAACCUCAUGAACAUUCCCUAUUUGCAAAGGUCAUGCUUGAUCCUUGCUCUGACAAGACAAGAGUCUCCUCUCUCAAGAUGAGACUUUAGUCUCUGAACGUAAGACUCACAUCUCUCAAGAUGCCACACUACUCUCUCAAGACAAAACUCUCGUCUCACAAGAAGGUAGUAACUUAUUUUUGAGUGGUAAGUAUUGUAAAUUAAGUGUUUUUUUUUCUUUGUUUUGUUGUUGUUUUUUUACAACAGAUGCCAAUCGUAAUUACCGUGACAGUGAAAAGGGGCAGAUGGUAUGCCUGGAUACCUUGGCUGCCUUUUAUGUCCAACAAGCAAGGAAAGAGAGAAACAAGGAGACCAAAAAAGAACUAUUUACAAAGGUACUUUGAAACUUUCUGGUCAGACUAUACAGGGUAGAUGUUGUGGUUCCAUUUUAUUCUUUGUUCAAAUUAAUUUUUAUUUCGUAGGUUCAAACUAUCAUUAUCAUACCCAAAAACAAUAGGCUUGCUUUAAGGCUUAUUUUUCCUUUUAGCAAGCUGUCCAUUUCAGGGAUAUUGUGAGAAUUCACACAUAAGUGCCCCUUGUGGUUUAGUCACUGGCUCGUGUUCUCUCAUGGCUCAUUUCCCUCAGGACUUGAAAUGGAAAGCUUUCUUCCUGGAUUGGCUUAAAUUGAACCACUAGAGUGUGUACAUGUUAUAAGUCUAAUUUGUCACCCAUGAUAUUAAUAGGUAAUCAAAUGGUAUACUUGUGAAAUUAUGAUUUGGACAAAAUGGAAGUGAAAUUAUUCCCUAAUUUCACUCGUCACCAUUUGAUUACACAUACAAAUUUGAUUUUAGGGUAAAUUUGUUUACCCUACAGUUGUAGGUUGAGAAUCAAGACAAUACUUAUUUGUAUUGACUUUUAACAUACACACCUUCAGGGCUUGAAAUUUACAGUUGCAGUACAUUUGUGCAAUCUGUAUACUGUAUCUUAGUCUGCAUGCAUCAACAAUGCAUCUGAUUAGUUCAUUCUCUCAGGUGCUUUUAACUGUAAUGCAACAACUAUAUUAAAGCACAUUGAAGUAAGGUUUGGGCAAAAAGGAACAGUGUGCAAGUAUGGGAACACUUCAGAACUUUAAGCGUUAUGAUGCUAUGUCCUUCUUUUAUUUCAGUCAACAUCACUAUAUUCCACAGCAGACAAGAUUAUCAUGUAUGACCAGGUAAAGUCUGUCACUGUACUUACAGUCAAACCAGGUCAUGUGUACCCCCCAAAAUUACAUUAAUGAAUAUAUUAUUCGAAAGUGGAAUCCAUUGGCAGUUGUAGAUUUCAGAUUCAUCUCCGCAUUCUUGCAUGCAUAAUGGGCGGUGAAUUCACACGCGAUUCAGUUAUGAAAUUUCUACCAGCUCAGUUUCCCUGAAUUUGAUGUAAAUAUCUUCUAAGAACUUCAAUCCAUUCAAAGAUUUUCAAUCUGACCAAAUACAGAGAAGUUCUCGUAAAAUAUUCACUGCUCAUUACGCAUGGAGGAAUGCCAAUUUGAAUUUGACACCAGUACCGGGAAUGACUAACAGAUACAUUUUUCAAAUAAUCGAUCAUUAAUAGAAUCUUGGGGGGUACGCUUGACCUGCUUUGACUGUAACUGUAACGCCAACAGGUUUUGCAAGUACACUGUAGUUGUAGCAGUUUCAAAUUAUACAUGUACAUGUACUUGCAAAUUUUGAACUUUCCCAAUAAAAACAAAGAAGUCCAAAUAUAGAUUGAAAGAGGAUUUUGUCAAAAUUUAUUUUUGGAGUUGUGCUUCUUGUGGAAGUCAGACAUCAUUAGAACCACCUCUCUCUAACACAGACAUGUUUGGGACUGGCACUACAUGCAAAUAUGUCCAUCUUAGAAAGAUGUCCGUCUCAUAGCACAGAGUCAAAUAAAGGGAGUACAUGACCAACUCCAGGUUUUUGUUUUUCCAAGGUGUCCAUUUUAUAGAGGUGUCUGUUAAGACAGAGUUGAUUAUAAUACAUGUAAACACAGUUAAACCUACAAUGUACAUUACAUGUACCUACCAUCUAUUUAGUGACCAUUCAACAUCUGGAGUUCUUAGACAUAACAUCUACUACAUGAUCAACCUUUGUUAAGAAGUCACUAACUUGUCUCUUCCUUGAUGGUGGCUGCUUCACUCCCAAAAGCAGCCAAAGUCAAAAUUCCCCGAAAUUUCCAAAUUUUAUCCUUUGACAUGCUUAAAGGAAAGUAGUUCCAAGAGGUUUCAUUUGAAUAGGGACCGCUAUAGGAUUUUGUACGCAGACUCACAAAGUGUAACAACAUCCACUCUGGCAGUCGUUAAUGGCGUUUGACUGUUUUGAUUUCCAAAUAAAAGUACCCAAAGAUGUGAAUAGAGGAUGUCUGUUGAUUUAUCCCUUGUAUGAUGGCUGUUACAUGCACUAAAGCAAAAGGCCAUGCCAGAGCCCCAUCUGAACCUGCUUACUGUACAUUUUUGUACACCAUACCUCGUGUUCUCUUUCUGGAUUUUCUUUUCAGAAUCACUUGCUUGGCAGGGCAUACUUCUGUCUCCUGGAAGGAGAUAAAAUGGAACAGGCAGAUGCACAGUUCAACUUUGUGUUGGCUCAGGUAAGACAAUUUUGUUGUGAUUAAUUUUGUCUUUUAAAUGUUAUUCUCACCCUACAUGAACAAAGACUGCUGGCAAGUGCACGCAGGUUCAUGCAUUAUUCUUAAUGUGAGGGCAUAAUUACAUUUAUAUUUAAGCAAUAGACCACACUUUCUAUGGGUUUACCGGCGUGAUAACCCACGCAGGAUGUUGGGAGAACACGAGAAAAGCUUGUAAAUCACGAGCCGAAGGCGAGUGAUUUACAAGCUUUUCGAGUGUUCUCCCAACAUCCCAAGUGGGUUAUCACGCCGGUAAACCCAUAGAAAGUGUGGUCUAUUGCUUUUAUAAAAUAACUUUUAGUAGAAUGGAGUCUUUUAGGUAAAAAAUAUGGUUUUAGUACCGUGAUCAAGUCAUGUCUUCUCUCUAAAGUCAUCAUAAGCCAAUCAUGACUCACGAUUUAAUGGCGCUGAACUUUCUCAAAACUCAGUUCAGUCAAACAACAAACAGCAGCACUUCAAAACACGAGUUUUUGCACUCAUUACAUGAUAAGUUAUGAAAGCUGUUUUACAGGAAAAGUCAACCUUUAUUCAAGCGAACGUCCAAUGAAAGAAUACGUUCAUGGUUUGUUUACUACAGAAGUAGAAAUUAAUUGAACAUCAGACUGUACGCAGCUGUAUUUUGUUGAGUCGAUCCGUAAGAAUUUCGUGCCUACAGACAGAACUGGCAGCUAUUGUAAUGGAGGACUUCAUUCACAUUUUACAAGCGGCAGUGGUAAGAUCUGUUUUCUGGACUUUGUUAUGAUCAAGAAAUUCUGCGGUUACGACGUGGCUGCAUUUGCGAAGUUGUCGCAUGUAACUUUAUGUGCACGUACAGCGACCGAUGGAAAUGUGUCAGUGGCGGAGAAAGGUUUCUUUGCCGUAGCCACAUAUUGGCGUUUAUAUUUGUCGAUUUGUAAAGUCAGGUGGUUUGAGGUAGGUUAUGGCAUCGAUAUCACUGAAUGAUUUGUGCAAAUGUUGGAAAAAACCAGCCCGAAAGUCUGACAUCUUUCAUCAUCGUUGGCAGCUUGUUCACAACCUACAGCGGCCGAUUUUGUACCAUAUCUUGAUCAGAGAUCUCUUUUUGGAACAAUUACUUUCAUUAACGAAUUUAAUUUUGACGUAAAAUAAAUCAAGAAUGCUAAAACUAUCCGUUUUGUUGCUGGUUGGCAAAUGGUUAAGUUUUCCUGGAGACUUUCUACACCAGAAAUUCACACAGUUGUUGUCUUUCUUGGCGAUUUGGCAUCAUCGUGAAAUGUAAACUGUUUUCCAGCUUUGUACUUUAUAACUUCUAAAGCUAUGGCAGUAAUAAAAUGUGGAAACCAACACUUUUGAUAUUAAGAAGGGCUGGGUAACUAGCUUGUUCUGUUUUUUAGCCUUUCUAAAAUCAUUGUUUGCAGAUCAGUAGCCGGUUUUGUUUAUGGCUCGUGGUCCGGAAGCCUUUUUCUAUGGGUUUACCGGUAUAAUAAACCAUAGGUUUUUGACCAAUCAGAUCACGCGUACUAUCUCAGUUAUUUUACAAAUUAUUGUAGUAGGGUGCUGUAGUCCUUGAGGAGGCUUAUAAUGUUCAGUGCUGGAUCCAGACCUUGUGAUAAUGGGGGGGGCAGUCAUCUAGACCCUUAGAUAAGGGGAGGGCUCCAAAAAAUUUUUUUGGCCCUUCAGGGUCCCAGUUUGGUCUAAAAAUAAGGCGGAAGUAUGGGCCCCCGGGCCCCUUCCGUGGAUCUGCAGUCUGUUGUUUUUUAUGCAGCAUGAUGGGUUCAGAAGUGUUGCUUAGAGUACUGUAGUGACUUAAAACUUUUUAGAGAGUGAUAAACAUCAAUUUUCUCCUAACAAUGUCAGAUCAAAGGAAAAGGCAGGGAUGUUGCUAAGAGCUGGCUGCCACCUAAUUUCACCGGCUGAAAAAGAGCUCAAAUUGCAAAUGAAAACAAAGACAGGGGAAUUUUAGAGAUGAUUAAAAAUGCCGGCUUGACUAAUAAAAAAGCCUGUUCACCUUUUCCUUAGUUACGUCCCUGUUAAGGUACCGGUAAUGAGAAUAAAUAAAAUGAUCAUCUAAAGUGAUUUUGUUACAAAUAGUUAUGGUGAGUCCUGGGACUCAUCUUGUGAAAAAUCAUGAGUCCCUGUCAAUAACCAAUGAGUCUCAGUUAAAAAAUCAAGGAGUCCUAAAUUGAAAUGCUUGGGCCUUUACGUAACCAGACAGUUAAUCUGAAGACCGACUCCAAAACUCUGUAUUUCAGUAUACUGAAAUUAAAAUAUAGUCCUUCUAUUUUAAAGCACAACAAAGGCUAAAAGAAAAAUGCAUCAUUCAACAACAGCCAUAAUAACUGCCACAGACAUGACACAAACUGAAUAUUUCUACAAAUACACAUGUUCAGAUUGAUUGAUCGAUCUUUGCGUCCUACAGGACCCAUGCCAUGAAUUAUUUUGCGUCUUUCAAGCAGCUGUUGUACUCAUGCUUACAUGACUGUGUUAUAACUAUCAUUUUUGUUCUUUUUGUGUAAACAACAGUCAGGAAACAACAUCCCAGCUUUGUUAGGUAGGUAACAAAAUACCUUCUGCACCAUCUUUUUUCUUAGUGGAAAUAAAGCUGGCUGAUUAGAGGUUCAAUUUUUUCUUUCUGAAAUUAGAUUGUUUCUUCUUCCUGAGCAUGUUAAUUCCUUGCAAAGCAAGGUUUGUAAAUUUCAUGGAAAUCCAUGUUACAGGUUGUACAUGGGGAUUGUGCACUGACCUCUUAACCCUUUAAGCCCCAAUAGUGACCUACAUCCCAUUUCUCCCAAAAAUAACACUUCCUGAUCAAACAGACAGGUCAUGAGAAGGAAGGAAAUGAUCAGCAAAGAUAAAAUGUUGUGAUGUUAGAACAAAUAAUUCUCUCAAGCAGUACCAUAAGGAAUGUAUGAAGAACAGUGUAGAGAAGAUGCAUGUUGAUGCUGGGGCUCAAAGCGUUAAGUAGUACAGUAAAAUUAUGGACAACCAAAACUGCAUGGAAAUAUUCAGAUGCUGUAAUUUUUAUUUAUUAUCACGAGAAGAAAUGGCACUGUUUUGGGCAGAUUGUGACCAGAAAUGGGCUUGACUAGCUUCAAAUAGCAUUUUUAACAAAAAAUUGAGAAUGAGUUACAAGUUACAAGCAUGAUUGUCUUCACAAAAAUGUUUUGUAUUACUUGCAGGAAAAGCCUGUAUAUCAUUUAACAAGAGGGACUACAAGGGAUCUGUUGCAUAUUACAAAAAGGCAUUGAGAACAAAUCCAAAUUGUCCAGGUAGGGAUUGUCUGAUACAGUUUACAGUACAUGUAAAUAAAUAAGAGAAAUUUUUAGGCUAGUGAUGUGAAAAUGAGAGAUCUGCUGGUUAUCAAUACUGACCAUGUGUCGAAUAUAUUCCUAGUAUAAAAUUGUACACCAUAGCCUGUAUGUCACAGAUGUAAUUCAACCUCGGUUGGUAAUGAAGCAGGGCUGAAAUCCUUUUUCUAGGCCUCCAACAGACUCAACAAAUUACCAGAAAAGUGUUUCAAAUUUCCUUUCAACCUGACUGGCAAAUCGACAAUGGCUUUUUAACAGGCCAAUCAUGGUGCAUACUCAAAUCCUGGUACACAGGUGGGGCCCAGAACAUGGAUUUCAGCGCUGUUUCCUAGACGGACUUAACCAGAGUUAAAAAGUACGAAAAAUGUACAGCUGUAGUUUCAUCUGUGGUGCAGGUUACAGCUGUAUGUACACCACAGCACUGUGACAGCUCUAUGAAAAUAUUAUACUUUUGUGCGCUCAGAUCUUGUUCCACAAUAAUAUUUUGCUACAAGUAUGCUGAAGAAUGUCAUUUGUUAUACCAGCGGAUGUUUGUUGUUAUAAUAUUAUACAGUACCACUCAAAAGUAAGUUACCAGUCGCGUCUUGUUUCCCGUGGAUGAGAAUUGCAUCGCACACUACGGGAUUCUCGUGGCAUGCUAUUAGAAUUGCAUAGCGAGAGAAUCAUUGAAGCAGCAAUUUUUGGCAUAAUCCAGCGAGAAAUCAGCAAAAUUUUCACCUAGGGGUACCUCAAAGACUGAGGAAAACAGGCAUUAGGUUUUGCACUAAGUUUCUCUUGAGAAGCUUUGUGUUAAAUUGUCAUUAGCACACUGUUUAGUUUUUGGAUUUUAGUGAUUGAUAUUUGCCACUGCAUUUAAUCAUGACAUUUGUUUGCCGAAAGAUCGCACACAAUGCGAUUCGCGUCUUGCGAGAGGGUGGCAACUUACAUUGUGUUGGUUUUUUUGAUUUGUGCUGGUUUGAGUAUUGUACAGUAAGGGUUUUAUGGUAUUUAACUUUGAAAAUGCUGAUACAAAGAUACACCCAUUACAUGCACAUGACUAGCUCUUCAUGUUAUCCCACAGCAUCUGUCCGGUUAGGAAUGGGGCACUGCUUUGUUAAGCUUGGCAAAAUGGAUAAAGCAAGGUAAGAAAUAUCUAUUUAAAAUAUGGACUGACAGUGUAUUAUCUACAUGCCUGUGUGCAUAAAUAUUUGUGACCUCUCACACGAAAACGUAAGGAACUUUUUCUCAUGAGAGGUCACAUUUUUCAUCAGAAGAAUAUGUUUCCAAUAAUAAAUGAUGACUCUAAAAAAGAACUAGUUGUUGCUUUAGAACAAAUCAACUACAGUAAAACCUCUAUUAAGCAGACACCUUCGGGACCUUCCCAAGUGUCCACUUAAUAGAGGGUGUCCACGUAAUAGAAGUUGUAAAAAUUGCGCCAUGUUUGUUAACGAUUGACAUUUAUGGGUUACUCUGUACUGUGAUAAAGUUGCAUGUUGUUAAAGAAGCUAUCAGAGUUUAAGUUCAUUACCUUUCAUUACCAACUUUAAUUUGUUUGUAAAUGCAAAAACAUCAACUGACCUCAGUUCUUAUGUCAAGCACAUAUUCCAACACUACUAUUGUCAAUUCAGUCCGGUGUCCACUUAAGAGGGGUUUUUAACAAUAGAAAUUAGUCAAAUACAACUUAUUUUAGUGUCCGGGUCCACUGAAUAGGGGUUUGUUAUAAAGGGAAAUAUCAGACGUUCAUUUUGGGACCCGGCUUAGUGUCUGCCUAAUAGAGGCUAGCCACUCAAUUGGGGGUCUGCUUAAAACAGGUUUCACUGUAUAUAAUACCUGUAAGAAGAGUUUGCAACAAAAUGUGUCCAUGAUUUUUAAACUGAGUAACUACAAUGUAUGCAUGUAAGAUGUGUCAGCAUGCAGGCUGGGUGAAGAUGGAGUACAUUUAGUAUCACACUUAAAAUGCUCGUCCUUAGAAGAUCAGAACCUGGGAGUCUGACCUCUGAUCUUUGACUGACUGUUGUUCCCUAAGCAGGAAGAUUUACCUCAUUGUAUCAGUCGCUUAAUGCUGGGCAAUCAUAGAUGCAUGCCUGUUAGAUAUAAGAACCAUGAUCUAAUACUGCUUCUGUUACCCUUCCAGGUUGGCUUUCGAGAGAGCUCUUAGUUUAGAUCCACAUUGUACAGGAGCAAUGACAGGGCUUGCUAUCCUUGAAUUGAACUCAAAAAAGGUAGGAGUGGUUCGUUUAGCAUUCAUUUCCUACCAUCUCUUACUGAAAUCAGAAAAAAAUUAUCUUGGGUUCUGUUCUGUCCCAAGUAGAAGGGUCACCCUUCCUUCUGGUUGGUCAAGCCAAAGUGUUUAUAUGCAGAAAAGUUGUUGCCCACCUGGAAUAACUCUGUUAAUUGUUGGGGACAUAGUCCUAAAUUAUUUGCAAAUCAAAUAAACAUUUGUUGUUGUCGUUGCUAUAGUAGGGUGACUGGUGAUCUGGCUAGGCAAGUUACCCUUCUAGCUAAGCCAAAGUUUUGUUUCUCAUGUACACUAAAUGGUUUGCCAUGUUUUGUAAGGAAAUGUACAUGUAUGAAAAGUUGGCUCGCCAAGAGUAGCUCGUGUAGGCGGGUGACCCUUUUAUCUCGGGCAACUUUCCUCCAUAAUUAUAAUUGGGACCUUAGUUAACUACAUGUAGCAGAGAUUCCAACCCUCCCAAUCUGGCCUGAAACCUCCCAUUUUUGGCAAAUAUUUCUGGCCUCCUGUUUUCGCUGAAUAUUCUCCCAGUUUCUGAAACUUUUCCUAGCUAAAGAAAUAUGUUUUCUUUUUUUAACCAGUCUUUUUAGAAUGAAUCUUUGCCAUUUUUCUGUGGUUGCUAAGCCAUUUUUUAUACCUUUUGGCAUCCAAGCAUGAGACUGCGAUAAUUUUGGGUGUGGUUGCGCAUUGACUUUGAACUCAAAAUGCAGGAAAUGGCAUCUUAGAGGCACAUAUCAUAAAAUGGAGAGGCUCAAGGGAGCAGAUAUGCUGCUCCUAAAACCUCCCUUUCUUUAGUUGACAGGGUUGGAAACUCUGAUGUAGGUAUAUUGUGUCUAGCUUAUUACAGUAUUAUGACUGCAUGUUUAAAUCUUUGUUUUAUCAUAGGUGGACUCUAUUAAAAAUGGGGUUCAACUGUUGUCAAGAGCAUAUACACUGGACAGCUCUAAUCCUAUGGUUCUCAAUCAUCUGGCAAACCAUUUCUUUUUUAAGAAGGUACAUGUAAACAGUAUGGUGCAUACUCUUACAACGAAUCAGUCGCUUUGUAGUUUGAAGAAAAGGAUGUUCGAUAUUUACACUCACAAUACACUCUAUCUUAUGUCCUCCCAGCCAGUUGGGUAUAGGGUGAUACUUAUGUGUAUCAUAUGUGUAGGGGAGCGGGGCAAAGGGUGGUUAAGGUUGGGGGGGAAGGGUUGUCUAUUUUAUGGUAUUCUGUUUGGUUCUUGGGGCAGGAUAUCAACAGGGACAUUGUCCUGUCUCCUGCUCCAGUUGCAUUAUUUAUUUAUUAAUUCAUUUUUAUUUUACUUUUUUUCUUUAUCUAAUGUAUUUUAUAUUUUUAUGUACCUAUUAACUGAUAACAUGCAACAAAUUCAAUAAAGUAAAGUAAUGUACUUGCUCAGCAAGAAAAUCUACUUGUCCCAGACUACCGCAGGGGAUUUUCUGUGAGCCCUGCUCUUACCUCCAUGAAUGAUCAUCUUAGAGAACUUAGUUAACUGUUCAACAAUAUUCUCUGACAGGAAUAUAACAAAGUCCAGCAUUUGGCUCUUCAUGCAUUUCAUGGUACUGAAGUAGAGGCCAUGCAGGCAGAGAGUUGCUAUCAAAUAGCUAGAGCCUUUCAUGUCCAAGUAAGUUGUUCCAACUUCCUAUGACCACUUUCCAGUUCCCAUUGACAGCAUUGACAUCAGUGGACAGCACUAGAUAUCUCCAUGAGCUUCUGUCAAACAUAAUAAUUUUCAAUUGCUGUGGUGAAUUCCAGUCACAAGCUAUCAAAGCUGAUCAAGUGGGGAUUUUCCCUAGCUUUCUCGAAAAAAUCCAGAUUAUAUGGCUGCUUGUUGUGUUAAGCCCUGUGGCAAAAAAAUCAAAACAAAAUAAAACAAAAAACAUCAAGACAAGUUACUUCUUAUGUUUGUGAUAUGGUCCCUUGAGGGAGGGUAGUCUGCAGUAAUGUUUUGUUUCUGCCCAGUUUGAUUAAACUCAUUAUCUUGCAAGUGAAAUAAAAAUUAUUAUUUUGGUAUGUUUCUUCAUGGUUGUGCUGUUCAAUUUAAGGGUGAUUAUGACCAGGCAUUUCAGUACUACUAUCAAGCCACACAGUUUGCAUCACCUAACUUCAUUCUUCCUCAUUUUGGUCUUGGACAAAUGUACAUUGCAAGAGGCGACACAAACAAUGUGAGUAUAACCUGAAAUAGAUUUACAGUGGAACUUUGUUAAUGUGACCACCAUUUGGCCAUAAAAUCCUGGUCAUAAUAACAAGGUGGUCACAUUGACAGGGUCUUCAAAAUAAUAAAAGACUCUGUCAGUGAUCUUGAAGUUAGGAUUGAAAGGAUAUGGUCCUAAUAACGAGGUGGUCUUAUAAGUGGGGUGGUUGUAAGGUGGAUUUCCAGUGUACAUAAUUAUCAUCAAGUUGAACCUUUAUUAAUUAAGUGAACACCCUCUACUUAGCCAGCCAGUUAGAAGAUGCAAAAAAGUGAGAUUUGGGCAAGCUGUAACUGGCAUGUAUUAGCUUAAGAGUUGUUUUAACAAGCCCCCCCCAAAAAUUUUGAUGAGCAUGAUUGAUUACAGUUCUUCUGUAAUUUAAAUUCCCCCAAAAACUUCACUUGCCCAUUGGGCAAUUUAAGAACAGAAUUCAAUAUCCUAAUAAAUGUAGCAAAAUCCACUAGCCCAGGACUAUCAGACAUGCCUUUCUUUGCACACUGAGUUACCUGAGUCUUGGUGAACAAGAUUGUCAGUAAUUACACAUAACUGUAAGCAAUGCCUUUAAGAGGCCAACCUUUUAUAAGCGGCAGCUUAUUUGCCCCUUCACCCAAGGGUGCUAGUUCAACUGUACAAUAGUGUUCAACUUCUACAUCUUGCCUCUUCCUGCAUUUUUAAUAUUUUGUUUGUCCUGUUAAAUUUUUUCGCACAGGCUGCCCAGUGUUUUGAGAAGGUCCUGAAAGCAACACCUGGUAACUACGAGACACUUAAAAUCUUAGGAUCCCUGUACAGUACAUCAACAGACCUGGACAAAAGAGAAACUGCCAAGGUGAGAACUUAUCUAAAUGGGUACGUAAUAUAAAAAGCAUUGUACUGCUGAAUCUUCUAUAAACUUACAUGUUCACUCUAUCAUAGUGGUCUUCAGUCAAGAGUAUUAGAUUUUCUUGUGGCUUGGACACCUGUUACAACAUUGUGCACAACCAUUCAUGUUAUAAUCUGGAACCUGUCCAGCCCUGAACAAACUAUUCCAGAACUAUUGCAGAUGUUACAGCUCUACAGUAUUGAAGUUGUGACUCAGUGAUGAUCUCAAGUUGAAUUCUCCCUGUUUCACAAAUGAACAUAAUGCGGUAUGAAAAGAGAAUCUGGCAUCAUCAUCAUCAUUAUUAGCUUCUUUUCCCCAGUGUGGACAAGGAUCCUGUUUCUUUUUUCAUUGAGGGGUGAUUUGCUCCUGACUAAACCUUAAACUGGGUUGUCCUUAGUCUGACCUUUCACUGUUAACCAGUCUGGCAUGGUAAAACCAAUCAGGGAUGAAACCCUGCUGGCAUAGCUCAUGGAAUCAUUUUAACUUGCAAGCUUCACCAUCACAAGAAGGUGACAAGCCCGAGUGGAGAGGACAAGAUAGCACUUAACCGGAGUUCAUGAAGGGCUUUAUGAAUUGAUUUUUCCAGUCCUUACUGUGCAAAAUGGUAUCAGGGUGGACGAAGGCUACUGCAUGCAAUAUCACAUACAGUAUUUCAAGUAAUUUGCAUGUACAUUGUACCUUACAUCUGAGCCAAUAUAACAUUUGUUGCACCCCCUUGAAAACAGAGAACAUAACGUUUUGUGUUAAUGAUAUAUGAAAUAAAUCUUAUAUGAACUGCGGAAAUGAAAUGAAAAUGAAGAGAUGAUCGUCGCAGUGAACGCAAUUUAUGCAAUUGCGUAAAGAAGCCUGAAAAAAAUUCAGGACUAGUUCUGAAUUUUUUUUUUUUUUCAGGCUUCUUUACGGAAUUGCAUAAAUUGCGUUCACUGCGACGAGCAUUUCUUCAUUUUCAUAACGUUUUGUUUUGGAAGAGAUUAAUGGCUUGUCAGACAAAUGAAGUCGAGGCAAUGCCUCAGUCCACACAAUUUGGGAUUCUGCAAUUUGUAAAGGGUAUUAAAGGACACUUAGCAUUUUAAAAUGAAUCUGAUUUACCUUUUUAUCCCUGUUGAUUUAAUGUCUUCCCCAAUUAAUGAAUCCUUACUUGUUUAAAAUUUUGGGAAGAGAUUCUGCCUUGUUUUAUUCAGAAGAAAAACAGUGUUGUUCGAAGGCCUAUUAGCGCUAACCCUGGGUUAAACUGUAAUCUGGGUUUCUUUUUCUUUUGUUCAAAAGCAUUUUCUCAGAAACUUUUCCCCAUUUUUUUUAGAGCAUCCAGUCACCAAAUUGUAAUCAAAAAAAGAACUAAACUGAAUUUACCUUUAAAACUUUCAAAUAUCAAUUUAAAUUUCGCACAAACCCAGGAUUAUCUAAACCCAACUUUCAACAACCCAGCCAGGUUGAUCCGAAAGUGAACUUUUUAAUACUUUAUUCUAUUUUGAAAAGAACCAUCUGAAGAAAGUGACAGAAGAGUACCCAGAUGAUGUUGAAGCCUGGAUAGAGUUGGCUGGAAUAUUGGAACAGUCAGAUGUACAGGUACAUCAACCUUACUCGGGUGUUUUAGACCUGGCGGUGGUGGGGGGUACUCAACAAAGUUUUAUACAGGGAGACUCCACCCCAAGGCCCAACUCCUUACCCUUUUUUAUAAUAAUAAUAAUAAUAAUAAUAAUAAUAAUAGUAAUAAUAAUAAUUGACACAUACAGUGCAAUUUCCAUAAAAAUGGUGGAUUGUGCUUCACAUCCUUUCACAUCCAUAAAAUGUGUCUGUUGGCCCUUUUCGACCCCUUUACAAACCAAAAUGACAGAUUUCCCUACCGUUUUAUAUACUCAACUUGUAAAAUCCCAACCCUUUCAUAUACCUGAAGCCUGGAAAAGGUACCCAUUUUGGGCGGAGCCUCCUCGUAUAGGCCAUUUUUAUAUUCCUAGACUUAAAUCCUUUUUUUGUGGAACUUGUGGCUAGUAAGAUACACUGUAAUUAUUAUUGGACUGUUUUUGCAGUCUGCCUUGCAAGCCUAUGGUACCGCAUCCCGUCUUCUGAAGGAGAAGGUAAAGGCUGAUGUACCCCCAGAGAUUCUCAACAAUGUGGGCGCACUUCAUUUUAGACUUGGAAAUCUAAAUGAAGCCAAGGUAAAAGACCAGUAAACUACAAUUGGCGACAAAAUGGUUGAGACAUUCUACUCAAAUAGGAGAACUUCAGAGAGCAAAAGAAUCCACACCCCUCCCCUGUCCCCUCCAUUCAAAGUUGGGGUGUUUGUUGUUUUCUGUAGGUAGCUUGAACAGCAGCACAACAUUGCGUGGAGGGGAUGGGAAGGAACAGCUUAUUUUCCCCUUGUGAAGUCAGGAAAAUGUCAAAAAGCCCUUUUAGGGUGAAGUGUCUCAACGCAUUUUGUCGCCAAUUGUAGUAAUGUUGGAAUGAUAAUUUAAAGAGAAUUAGAUGAUUUUGUUGAUCCUUUUCUCCCAGUGGUAUAGGGUUUUAGAAGGGGCAAUCCUGAUGUCUUUGCAAGCAGUAUGUUUCUUCUAUUCAUUAACAGUUUCAUUGAUAUAGUUUUAUUUAUAAGUAGAUUCUUUGCUGUUUACAGUAUUGGUAUACUAUUACCUUAAAGCACUCUUUAUAUAGCCUUAUUUAUCUACCUUUUAACGGCAUGUAAAUGUUCUUAUUUUCAGAGGUUCUAUGAGUCAUCUCUUGAGAGAUGCAAGCAGGAGAGCCAAGCUGAUGAGAGUUAUUACAAUGCCAUAUCUGUCACCACAACUUACAACUUAUCUCGCCUGCACGAGGCCAUGUGUGAGUUUGACAAAGCAGAAGCACUGUACAAGAACAUUCUCAGGGAACAUCCUAACUACGUAGACUGUAAGUACCUUGACCAGCAUAGUUUAGAACGAGAGUAAAGCCCCGUGCAAACGGAUGCAACGUUAGGGACCUUACGAAACUACGACUGUAACGGCAACGGGAACGUAAAAAAGCAGUGGGUUAAUGAGCAAAACAACAACUCUGCUCGUGCAUCACGCUUUUUUGUACAUUUAUUUGCCGUCCCUACACAAACUACGACGCGAAAUGAUCAAAUUUUAAGUUUUUUUUGAGGACGGGAACGGCAAGGCGAUAAAUUCUACCAUCUCUGUCUGAACUGGGGCGCGGUCCCCUCUAUUCAGUUCCAACAUAAAUUCCUUUCUUUUAAGUAACAGGACGACUUGGGAAAAUCGCGAAAUGGAAGGAUGCACAGCUGUAGAGUCUAUUUUUUCAGUGACGUUUUCGUGGACGUUUUAGAUGUUCCCGUUGCCGUAGCCGUCGUAGUUUUGUAAGACUCCUAGUAAAUUUUGACGGCAUAAGUUCCUGUUCAAACAUUUUGAGAUCAAAAGACUUCAUGGAACUGUUUAGUAUUUGCUGUGGUUGAGUAAUAAUUUUAUAUUCUUAACACUUUACAUUUGCAAAGAAAAUAUAGUGGGAUUUCUGUUGUAAACCAAUUUUUAAAACUGACUUCUGUUACUUUAAGGAGUAGCCUAGAUUUAGCGAUAUUCGUGGCUUUUGAGCUUUUGAUGUGGUGUAAAUAAUUCCAUGAUUUUUAAUUGUAUAAAUGUUCCCAUUUUAAUUUUUUUUCCUUUUUUUUUCCGUUUAGGCUAUCUUCGACUUGGUUGCAUGGCACGUGACAGAGGACAAAUUUACGAAGCAUCUGAUUGGUUCAAGGAAGCCCUUCAAAUUAAUCAGGUAUUCUAUGAUUCAAUGCAGUUAACAACAAGUAGCACCAUCUCUUGUUGUUGCUCAGCGGUCAGUUUGGUGGCUCGAGAGCGGUCAGCACAGCGUUUCCCGGCGGACACUCGCUUCGUUUGGCCUUUAGAUUGUGCAUUUACAGUGUACCUCCACCCCUCCCUUCCUUAUAUUUUUCCACUGAUAAAUCAGUAUGACAGGUGCCUCCUCCCAUUGGCGUAGGGGUUGAUGGCUGGAAGGCGCGGGUUUACCAGCCAUGGGGGCGUAACUCUAUCUAGUGGCUGGACAUUCCAGACAUCCACCUUCACCGGGCGAUACAGUUGUUAACCAAGAUACAGUUUGUUAUACCAAUCUUGCUUCCAGACUCGCUUUUUUUGUCAGUUGUGGGGAGAAAAAAGACUUAGCAACGAACAAUGUGGUGGUGCUUUAAUCAAAAAGUUUUCUGACGUCAUGACCGUUUUACGGUAGUCGUCUGGGCAAAUUUCCGUCAUUGUGGUUAACUGGUGUACCAAUGAUUAGAGAGUUGAGAGAAAUAUCUUUAUUCUCUGAGCGGUCAGGGAUUAAAAAGUUUCGUUGAUAAACAGUGCGUCAUGUUAAAACUGCAUGUUGGAUUGUCUGUCUCGGGUUCUGUAACUUUCCUUCCUCUGAAAUACUCUCAAAAAGUGAAAGUUGUGAAUUGUAGUAUCAUUGGUGACGAAUUUCUCGUUGAUUAUGGCGCGAAAUUUCAGCGUUAAUUUGUAAUUUCACAAGUGAAAUUAUAAAAUUGCCAUGGCAACCUUCUGUACGUCUCAGUGCUAAGGUGGAGACGAAGUUUUAAGACUAUGAAUGAAGAUGUCAGGGCAUUAAAGGACUCUCUAGAAAACCUAAGCACACGAAAGAGCACAUCAAGAAGGAUUCUAACAGGUAUUUUGUCGAAGAAUUCAGAAAAAUCUGAAGUUAAGCCAAAUUUAACCUCUUAACCUUUUGAGAGAGUGGAGUUGUCGAUUGAUACGAUCCAGGAUAAACAUGUCAAAAAUCCACGAUUGUGAGCGUAAUUCGUCACCCUUAAUAUUAAUAGGUAAUCAAAUGGUAUACUCGUGAAAUUAGGACAAACCCUGCUGCUCUCGUCCCCCAGAGAAUUCCCCAUUCCAGAAACUUCAAGGGGAAUGGGUACAAGCUUUCGCCGCAACAAUUUCUGGGAUGGUUUGGGUUGACAAGCGGUACUUAUUUAACAAUAAAUGAAUAAGGCUGAGUAUCUUAUGAAGAACUAUGCAGAUCGAGGAGGGUGUUAUCCGUCGAGGCCGUAGGCUGAGGCGGAUAACACCCUCCGAGAUCUCCAUAAUUCUUCAUAUGAUACGAAAGCCGAAUUCAAUAAUUGUUUUAUUAUUCAUUCAAAAUGAUUCCUAGUGUAAAAACAUAGCUAAAACAUGCUUACCUCCGUCGAUCCAUCGAUGUUAAGUUCAUCUUCGAUAGUGCACGUUUAGGUUUGUCCAGCUCCGCAAAUAUCCUCCAAAUAGCAGAUGUCGCCCUCCGAGUUGUCUUCUUGGUGUUCUUGCCAUGUUUUUACCUAUUAUUUCGCCUAGUUCUUACUCUUGGAACGAGUGAAACGUCUGCCAUUUUUGUUUUCACAACCAAAACAACUCAACCUCGUCCCCAGGUCUUCUCGGUUAACGCUGCAUUAACCUACAAGAAAGCUGCACUUUUGACGUCAUCGGUGCAUUAAACGCAAAUUCUUCCAAAUCUGGUCAUCAGUAGCUGGUUAUGGUGAAUUAUGCGUGUGCCUUCAGCCAAUCAGAAUCGGGGAAAUAUUUUGAAUGAAUAAUAAUUAACAAUUAAUGAAUGAGGCUUAGUAUCUCAUAAAGAAUGCCUUGAAUACCAUCGACCAAUCAUAAAUGAUGCUUGUCCACCCAAACUAUCCCAGAAAUCACUGCACCCUAAGCUUGUACCCAUUCUCCUUAGAGUUUCUGUAGAAGGGGAUUGUAAGAGCCAAAAAUGUUAUUAUUUCCUUUAAGUAACAACCCUUUUUAAUCAAACCGUUCAAUAAGAAAGGUUUUCGAUCAAAACAUAAUGUUUGAAUGACUGCUAGCCAGCAGUAUCAAGUAUGAAUUUAAGAGGUGAGCGAGUUUUCAGCUGUGGUCGCUUAUUCCUUAUGGAAAACAUUUCUGAUUUUUCAAGUGCGACCCCAUUCGUGCAAACUACUACAACUGUAAUUGUUUAAUCUCAGUGAUCAUUACUUAGUGCUAAUAGUUUUGCUUAUUCUUUUUCACAUUAUUAUUGAUAUUUUCCCACAGUUUUUGACAUUCUCCUAUUUCGAGCUAUUCGAACACAAUCGUGAUUUUUUAAAUUCAAACUUGACAAUGAUGGCAAGCAGUUGUUGCGGGCGACAAGAGGAGCCCCCAAUCCUUAUCUCCAGGUUGUUAUUGCGCAUGCGUUGCAUGUAUGGAGCGAGCAUUCGUUUGGACUUCCACGGAGAAUGAAUGGAAUGCACAGAACGCAAUCUGAUCACGCGUGUUUUGACUAACUGUCACAUUAAACUUACGCAAAACACAGCGAACGAAUAAAAGCGUUUUGACCUUCGAUCGUUGUCGCCCGCACUCUGUAACCUUUGUUUAUUACCAGUAAUACUCUGUUUUUCACUUCCAACUUGUCAUGAAAAAAAGUUGAGGCCCCUUGGUCAGCCACUUUACAUCUUGCCUGUUUUCCGUUCAACAGGAUCAUCCAGACGCGUGGUCACUGAUUGGGAAUCUUCAUUUGGCCAAGCAGGAGUGGGGGCCUGGGCAGAAGAAAUUUGAGCGAAUCUUGAAGCAACCUUCAACAGCCAACGAUGCGUAUUCGCUAUUGGCGCUAGGGAAUGUAUGGCUACAAACACUACACACCCCUACACGAGACAGAUCCAAAGAGAAAAGACAUCAGGACAGAGCACUGGCUUUGUAUAAACAAGUGCUGAGAAAUGAUUCCAGAAAUUUGUAUGCAGCGAAUGGAAUUGGUUAGUGGUGCAUGAUUCGUUGCUUGUACGUUGCUUUUAUUAACGAAGUUGCAACACUCCCCACUUAAAUAGAAAUACGUAUAUCGCAGAAUGUAAUGCAGUAUUUAGUUAAGGCUCAAUUGUUCAAAUCUUCGGCGAAGUGGUUGCCUCCCACCAGUUGGGGUUUUUAAUCCUGGUAUGUUUUUUUGGACUGAUUAUUCCUUUCAAAUGUUUUUCGCGGAGUGCCCGUAAAGUAUCUAAGUAUCUUUUACAGCAAAUUUCUUUUCUUACUCCAACGUCAUAUGGAGCUAAAAAAACUGAUUUAAAGAUAAAUUGCAUUAACUGCUUUCUGAAUUGAAAAAAAUAGGUAGUCAACUUAAUUUAAAACUUUUAAAACUUUUAUGAGGUCGGCUAACGUUAAUGGGCUAAUGUAUUUUGAUAAAUGAGCAUUUCCUCAACCUCAACAUGUAUGAUCAUUCUGCUAGGACCGAAAUACUAUAUAACUCUAUUCAUGCAAUUGAAAAGGUAUCGACCAUAAUUUAUUACAGGCAACAGAGCUCUUAGGAAGUCAGAAAUUGUUGUUGAUUGUACGCAGCUGUUUUUUUUUCCUUCAGGGUGUAUUCUUGCUCAUAAGAACUUUUUACGGGAGGCUCGCGAUGUUUUUUCUCAGGUAAUUAAUAAUGGUAAAAGAACUGAGUGGAGUCCAAUUUGGCUGUAAUAGAGGGAAGUGUAACGUCACGUUACCGGGGUAGCAAAAUUUCCGGAUGACAACAAUAGGGAGUUUUUGCAACGGUGACGGCGAACAGCAAAAAAACAUUUCACGUGCCCGCUUUAUGGAGUAGGUGCGCACAACACAAAAAUUUUGUUUUCCUUUUUCCAAACUUACAUACGAUCCCCUCGGAUUUAACCAAGAAAAUUUCCCCAACAUUUGACAAAUUAAAUGAAAUUAAAUAAGGUCGAUGAAGUUUGAUACAGUGCGAAUCCACUUGUAAGUGACGUUUUGGUUUGUUGUCAUCCAAAAAUGUUGCUACCAUGGCAACGUGACGUAACGACUCCUCCUCGUCUCUAUUAUACGAAUGAUUAACAAAAUCAGACGACCGCAUACCGGGAGUCCAAUUUGAUUACAGAGCGAAUUGGACGACACAAAGUUCUGUUACUAAUUAAUCAUAACCAUAAGAAAAUUUGAGAUAUUCUAAGCUUUUCUAAACUUAAAGCACAGGCUAUUCUUAGAGUUUUUUGCUAGAAGUGAAAAUAAAACCACUUUCAAUUGCUACAGUUGAUAGCCAAUCAGAAUUGAGUAUUUUGUUAUAGUCAUGAUUAUUACAAGAAAUGAUGAGUUGUAACUACAGCAUAUGGGCAUCAGGACAAACACUCUCUCGAGUUUUUGAUAUAACAGCGUCUCGAAUGAUCAGAAGUUCUUGAAAAAAUUCGCCAAAUUUUAUGGUUAUGAAGAUCCUAUUUUCAACUUCACAAUAUAUAGCCCUUUUCAUGACCACCAUGACUCUAAAUUUUGAGUAUUUCAGGUUUUCUCUUAGACUUUUCUUUUCUUUUUCUUAUUCGCAUCGUAUUCACAGGUCCGUGAAGCAACUGCGGACAUUCCUGAUGUUUGGCUUAAUCUGGCUCAUAUUUAUGUGGAGCAAAAGCAGUACGUGGCGGCUAUCCAGAUGGUAGGACUCGUCUUCAGAUCGCUUUUCAGCUAGUCCAGAAUGUAGUUUCUAAGUGUGAACAGUAUGUGGCGGCUAUCCAGGCCCUGAUUCUACAAAGGUUGGAUAGUGUUACCCUCGGGAUAAAUCACUAUCUAGAGAAAAAGUAUGAUUUGCCUUAUUCACUAGAUUGUGAUUUAUCCAGUGGGGUCUUUAUUCAUCUUUUGAAUUACUGGGGCUUGAUGUACAGACUCUUGUGUACCCUACCUCUCAGCAAAUCCCUAGUCAAACAAAAAAAAAAUACGCUCACACUAUGUCUCAGUGUAAACAGUAUAUUUAGCCUGGUUAGAUUGUAGGAUUCCCCGUGUUUAGAUGAUACAUCAGCUAACCCAUACUCAAACAAGGUGCAAACUGUUGUACUGCAUCUAAGUGUGAACGUGUGUCAGAAAAAUAGAUUUUUUUUUGUACCAAAGUUUAAGCCUGGAGCCCUAACGUUUUUUCUCGAUUUGUGAUUUGUGAUCUUUUGAGUUCUUGUCUAUUUGAUCAUAUGUAGUUGAAUACAAGUGAAGUUGUUUUGUAGUGACACAUCAGAUGUUUUAUCAUUCGCUUGCAGUACGAGAACUGCCUGAGAAAGUUCUUCAAGCAUCACAAUGUUGAAGUGUUGCUAUACCUGGCCCGUGCUUAUUUCAAAGCAGGAAAAAUGAAAGAGUGUAAACAAGUGUUACUCAAGGCUCGCCAUAUUGCUCCAAAUGACACUGUCAUGUUGUUUAACAUCUCCCUGGUGCAACAGCGCCUUGCGACAGCCAUUUUAAAAGCCGAAAAGAGCCCCCUUAAGGUCGUGCUUGGUGCCGUCAGAGAACUGGAACAAGCUCAAAGGUAACUGGGACAAAUUUGGGAAGUUGUAUGUAAUUCAGUUAGUUUUGGUUACCAAGUGAUCGUGGUAAAGCUGCAAUAACAGGAAAUCAUUGGACAAUGUCGCACAAAAAAACUUAAUCUCUAUUUUGGUUGGACCUUGUUCCUGAUCGAAUUUUACCGUGCAUAAUCUAGAGGUUCCAUACUGGAAGUGAAGUGCUGCCAGGAGCCCAUAACCCGUUCGACUGGGAAAUCCGGAUUUCGGAUUUUGCAAUCGAACGCGAGAUCCGAGAACGGAUUUCACCUCCAAGAAAUCCGUCCUCAGGGUGGAUUGCAAUUAAGAAAUUCACAUCGGGAUUUCAUGGAUUUCCUUUUUACCGUUCGAUGGUGAAAUCCGAAAAAGGAUUUGCAAAAUUAUUCUCGUGAACAGCGGUCUUCUUUUGGCUAAUUAUGCGUGCGCGUGCAAGACCGCUGUUCUUAAGGACAGUUUUUCAAACCCUUUUUCGGAUUUCUCAAUCGAACGGUUAAAAAAAAUCCGAACACAUACAUCUCGGGUUGCGUUCGAUUGGGAAAUCUGGAUUUAGAUUUUAAAAUCCGAAUUUCGGAUUUGCGAUCGAACGCGAAAUCCGAAAAAGGAUUUCAACGCCGAGGUUGCGUUCAUUUGGGAAAUCCGGGUUUAUCAGUUGAUUGCGCAACGUUCAUGUAAUCAAUCCACUUUUCGUAUUAGUACAUGAUUUUUUUUUUCAUACGCCGUAAGUCCCAUUUUAGAUUAGUAUUUUUUGUAGUGAAACUUCCUUGCUUUUGCGAACUUUCGGAAAAUGCUCAUGAUUGAAAUGACAAUAUAAUUUUAAAGAUUUGAAGGCAGUCAUUUAUGAGAAAAUAGUGCGUUGCUUAUCAGAGUACAUUAGUGACUAGGAUGUGGAGGAUCGUCGUAAGCUGGCUUUUAUAAUAGAUCAAUGAACACAUUCGCUGACGUUUGAGUCAGAAUAGUGUUUGAAUAUUGUGAGGGGUAAUCAUGUUUUGAUGUUGUAUUUCAGGAACUUUACUUGGCUGAGUCACAAUGGUGAUCGUAUGAAAUUUGACCUGAGUUGGGCUGCGUCAGAGGCCAGGUAUUUGUCAGUGUUUUUAAGUCCAAACACUUUAUGCUACUUACGAACGAAUUCGAGGGCAAUGUCAAUCUAAACUUUCGCGAAAACCACACACCCCUAUAAGGUGGAGGAUUCGCUAAGGAAGGCUUUACUCUUUGACUGGACGAGGCCGCCAAGCCGCCUAUGAGUGACAAUACUCUCUCGGUAUAAGGUAGACAGCUAUCUUAGGCGGACCACUAGAACUCGGCAUCCGGCCAAGAAAUAGCCUCCUACGCAGACGUUCUUGACGCAAACGUCGUCGCGCAUUCCUGCGUUGACGACUCGGACUGUUGGAGGCUAGAACUGAUCCCGAGGGUAUUCCGUUUUGAUUCAGUUCUUUGUAGGCGAAAAACUUUGAUAGUUCGUAAAGAGAAGGUUGUGGGUCUCUUCCUGUCGCUCUCUCUCCACCCUCCUCCCCCUCCUCCUGCUCUUCUGACUGUAUCUAAGACAGAACUAAGAUCUUUUUGUUGGACACGCAAAUUACUUUUUCUUAAACUUGGUGAUACAAGUUGUAAAAGUUUUCUUGAGUCAUUUUCACCCCCUGUGUGACGCAAUAUUAAAAGAAGAGAAACGUAGGUUCUCCAGGCUGUAUGGUCAGAGUUGCUUCGUUCCCUCUCAGUUUCUCGUUUUACACUGUGUUUGUUUUGCACAGGCACACAUCGGAUUUGCUGAGUCAGGCGCAGUACCAUGUGUCACGUGCUCGUAAGGUGGACGAGGAGGAACAGCAAGUCCGGCGGAAGCAGGAAGAGGAGAAAGAAGCUCUCAGGAAAAAAAGGGAAGAAGAGGAGGUAAGACCCUUAUUUAUUCCUCCUUCCUCAAUAGACCUUAUUCACGAUGCUCACAAUCUUUGCACGCGCUCAAGGACUGAUGGGAUAAAAGCAAUGUCACGUGGUUUUUCAGGGGGCAAAAAUGUGAAAAUAAUUGCCAAUGGAAUAAAUCGCGGUUGAGUUUCUUUUAUUCUAGACAGCAGGAAAUGAAGCCCUUUUUAUCUUAAAGACGAUAAUGUCAAACAAGUAUGGGUGGAAGUGAUCAUUGUUUCUUUUUUGUAAGUAGUAGCGACCGCUUGUAGCGACCGUAGACGUCCUCAUGGCAAACAGUAAUGACGUAAAUCGUGCCAAAACUCGAUACGUACGUUUUGCAUGACCAUGAAAUCGUCGUCUCGUCUUGAUAGAAUAAAGAAACUCAACCGUGAUUACUCGUACUGGCAAAUUGUCACUUGUUUGCCCCCUGAAAACUCACGUGACAUAGCUUUUCUCCCAUCGAUCCUAGAGCGCGUGCAAAGAUGGCGGGCAUCGUGAAUAAUUCCUUCAAUGGUAUUUCAAUUAUAAAGUGCGCGGAUAUAUGGCGGAAUAUAUAAUUGUUCAUUCACAAUGAAUGUACCGUUGAAAUAUUUUCAUUCACUCAUGUGUGAUAGCCGAUAUGAACAAGAAUAUUGACUUCGAGACGGAAAUGUCACCUAAUAAUUCAAGUAAUAUUAUUCAUAAGGUUUAGCCAUUCAUUUGAUGAAUACUUCUCCCCCACUCCAAUCUUAAACAAUUCUCCCCAUCCACCAUCCCCUUUAGCUAACCUACGUUAAGAGGUUAGAUACGCACAACUUAUUGAAGACCAACUCCUGUGCGAUGAAAAGCCAAACCAAUUUUUUGUGAAGAAAACAAUUUACGGUGAACAAUCUUUAAGAGCUGCUGCCAUGAUCUGUUCUUGUUUUCAGAGACUUAAAAGGGAACAGAAAGAACAACAAGAGAAAGAACUUCUUGAGAAACGUCAGCAAUUCAAAGAAGCAACAAAGAAUCUGUUGGUGUUUGCACCUGAAGAAUUAGCUCCCAAGGAGAAACCGUCGAAAGGAAGAAAGGUAAGCUAGCCCACGUGUAGCCGCACCCUCCCCCAUCGGCUGUUUCUGUUUGACAGUUUUGACUGGUUUUAUUGUGUUUGCUUUUACAUUGCAUGUUGGCGUUGUGGCACUAAGCCAAUCUAAAAAAGAGCUUAUAGUGACAUGCACAAGUUUUCCCGCGCUUCAUGUCAGCUACAAUUAUUUGUUUUGAAUUCUUAUUGCUUCAUUGGAUUGUCUUCCCGUGUUGUGAUUGGUUGGUGCAAUAAGCCAAUCUAAAAAACAGCUAAUAGUGACACGCACAAGUUUUUCCGCGCUUCGUGCUAGCUCGAGUACACUUAUUUUCUUUGAAUUCUGAUUGAUUCAUUGGAUUGUCUUCCCGUGUUGUGAUAGGCCAAUCUAAACAACAGCUAACAGUGACAUGCACUAGUUUUCCCGCGCUUCGUGCCAGCUACACUUAUUUUCUUUGAAUUUUUGAUUGGUUCAUUGGAUUUUCUUCUUGUGCUGUGAUUGGUCGGUGUUAUUAUUCGUGUAACAACACUCAGCACUUAGCAGGGGGACAAUUUACCACAGGCAUAGAGGGAUAAACGAGGUAAACAUUUUUGUGAAAUGCAUUAACAGAUUCCCUAUCCCUAAACUAGACUUUUACAAGACCUAAAGAUUAGGGAUCUGUUAAAACAUUUCACAACAAUGUUUACCACGUUUACCUCCCUCUACGCUCAUGGUAAAUUGUGUCCCCAUGUAGAAAGUGUUAUGUUGUUUCAGAUUUCUCCUCAUGUUUUCUGUUUUCUUUGCAUGCACAGAAAAAGACCGCUGAUGAUUUUGUUGCCAGUAAUGACGAAGAAAGUGACGAUGAAGGAGUUGAAGAUGGGGAUGAAGAAGGAAAAAAAGUGAAGAAACCGAAAGUUAAGAAGGAAAAAAAACGGUAAGAAAAGCUUUUAAAGCUGUUAUAUCACUGUGAAAUUGGUUACUUGUUUCUUAGCCACUGGGCACAACUACGAUGGUAUUGACGGACAAACUGCAUAACCACUGCGGAAAAAUGAUCUGGAAAUGUCAGUUGUCAGUUGAAACGCAAGUCUCGUUUCUUUCUCUGGUCGCCAUUAUUUCUUUUCUUUCAGUGUUGUUUUCUUGUUUUGUUCUUUGUUGUAUAAAGCGUAAAUGCACCGCCCAUAAAAUGCGUGGGCAAGAUACAAGCAGAAACAAGUGCGCACAUGAAUACCAACAACCUCUGGCAAGGGCCAGAGCCCUUGGUUUUACAGCCUGUCUGCGAUGUUGUCGGUCGGAAGCUGUGGCUUCCUCAGUCUGUGUGUUGAUCUGUAGGGGUUUGAGGUCUCUCUGGCAGACAUCCUUGAAGCCAAGCUGUGGUCUGCCUGUGGGACUAGUUUCCUGAGACAGCUUUUCGUGAAGGAGCUUCUUUGGCAUUCGGUCAUCGUCCAUUUGGACAACCUGACCAAGCCAGCGUACUAAUCUCUGCUUAAACAUGAGAAGUUUACUUUUUCCAAGACGUCUUUAUUGGUCACCCUGUCCUGGCACUUGAUAUUUAGUUGACGUCUGAGGCAGCGCCUGUAAAAUGUGUUUAGUUUGCGUUCCUGGUGGGACCGAAGCGUGCAGGACUCGUUACUACCAGCUUCGUAUGUUCAGUCACCGGUACUAACAGCGGUUUUAUUCAGGACCAGCUCACCCAGACGAUCAUUUUUCACCUACUUAUGAUAACAGCUUUAAUAUGCACGUGAAACACAGAGUGAUAUUUCUGUUUGUUUGUUUGUUUGUUUGGUGUUCUGCUCAUUGAUGAUCGAUUUGGAUACAAGCCUGAAAGCAGUCAAAACUUAUUUUGCAACUUUGUUUCCUCACAGGAGGAAAAGACGUGUCAAGGAAGAAGGAGAUGAAAAUGCACCAAAGAAAAAGAGGUAAGUGCUUAGCAACAAUGCGGGACACUACAUGUAAUAUAUAUUUGGCAAUUCAUGUCGCUUUUCUUAAAGGGGAUAUGUAACAAAGAUAUUGCUAUUUUAGGUUAAUUCUGUACUGAAGUCUUUACCCCAUACACAAAAUGCUCUUGACGAGCUAUAUAUAAAGAAGAUAUUGAACAAAUUCCACCAGGGAGCACUAACCAUGAUAAUUGUUGCAGGCAAAGCAUGAAAACUUUCAAUUUUCAAUCAAUGUCCAUCUUUGCGAUCCUUACCAACAGAUGACAGGAGACAGUUCAGUGGCAAAAUAUAGUCUUUAAAAACGAAGCUGGGUCAUUUUUUGUGAAAUUCAGUUGAUACGAAAAACGUUUUAGCUUUUGAAAAAGAUAGCAAAUAGCAUGACAUAGGCCCUUUAAACAAAGUGAUCGUUCAAUUUUUUAAAUCGUAGCAACUUUGACUCCGAAACGUCAGUCACUGUCAACAACAACAACAGUCCUAUUCAGGACUACGUUCACCCGGACGAUCAUACUCAACCUACUUAGGAAAUACUGGUAUUCUCCAUGUUGUUCUGUUUAGACUCCUAACAUUUCUAAUGUCGAGGGUUUGUUCAAAAUUCCAUUUUUUACUACCACCAAGCCACACUAACUGGUAACAAUCCAUGAUGUAUCAUAUUUUGUUACAGAAGCCGUAAGCAGAAAACUGAACCAAAAGAGAAGAAGUCUGCCGAGGAGAAGCUGGGGGCAAAACAGCGACUUAAAGUAAAAUCCAAAGCGUUCGUUUCUUCUUCAGAGGACUCGUCAGAUUCAGAGGCCGAGAAACUCAAGAUCGCUGACAUGUAAGUACUUACAGUACGAGUAAACGGAAUAUUUCACAAGAAAGUGUUUUGCUUAAAUACACUCGAGCAUGUAUAAACGGUAACCUUUCCACAGUGAAACAGAUAAAACUUUAAAAAGGUAAAGGCGCACACGAGCAAAAGGCCCAAAAGGCCGGAGCUAAUACCGGUUCAUGUCUAGGAGUAUUGGUACCCCUCCCCCACUCCCUGGACAGGUUUCUAGUCCAUCGCAGGGUUACCCCCAGGCGUAUGUUGCCGGUUAUCUUUUAUACACCUGGGUGAAGAGAGACAAAAUGGAGUAAGUUUCCCUGUCUACGGAACUAACGUGAUGGGCGAGGCUUGAACCCGGACCUCCAGAUCCGGAACCGCUCGGCCACAGAGGCCUCCACAGAUGAAAUUUGAUUCCCCGUGAAACAAAAAGAAUAAUAGUGACAGUUAUGGAUGACAGAAAUAGAGAAAUAAACGUUCUCUUUAAUUGGAGGGGUGUUCUUUGCUGUAUGGUCAGCCAGACUGGGAUCUACAGAUUUGUGGCAUCAGGUCUAAAACACGGUUUUUUUUUAAAAGUGAGUAUACGGCAAACAAGCGCGGUUCUUCUUACCUUCCAUAGGGGAAGUGAUGACGAAGACAUGAGUGGCAAAUCUGACGCAGGAAAAAGCGAGAAUGAAGAGGAAAUUGAAAAAGAAGAGAAGGAAGACAGUAACGAAGAAGCAGAAGAAAAACCACAAAGUGGAAGGAAACGAUUACUGUCAAGUGACGACGACGAUGAUGAUGAUGAUGAUGAAAACAUCAAUGAUGAGGAGGAAGAAAAACCACAAGAUGAUAAUGAUGAUGAUCAGCAGCCAUCCACAAGUCAAGAGACACCUAAAAAGAAAAGCAAAAAACUUAUUAGCUCGUGA